AUGACCGGUAACUUCAUAGGGCUCAUUCAACUCAGCUGUACCGCUCAUCGACAUCUCGUGGGCUACCUGCAAGAGCUGGAUGUGCGGAUCAAGGCAGAUCAGGUGGAAAAGACUGUUCGUGCCUACAAGCGCUUCCAGCUUUGCGAGGGAGGAGAUUUAAUCGGUUCCUACGAGAGUCAGCGUAAAAGCGACAAAACCCGCGCCUCUAACAUUGUCCUUUACACACAUGACUCUGAUUUUGGUACGGAAGUCUUCUUUGGCGAGGUUAUGCUGUUUGCAAGACCAUUGGUGAGGCGUGUGUACUACCCUUUGGCGUACAUUCGGUGUUAUGGUCCUGCUCAGCUUCGUCGUCGCCGUUUCUUUGUGGUUGACACUCAACCGCCUGGGAAUUUACACGAGUGGGUGAACAUACGGCAAAUCAAGAGGGUUGUUGGCACCUUGACUACUCAGCCAUUGAUUGACGAGCUUGGGGGAGAUGCAGGCAAGCCUGCGUGGAUCAUUGAUAGAGAGACAUUUGCGUGGAACAAUGCGGCUAGGUUGUUAAUCGACUGA